CUUCACAAAUACUUCCAGUAAAUCAUCCUUCUUUAACAUUCAGAUAUCAUUUAUCAUCUUCCUGUAAAUUUUGCAGCCAUGAUCCCUACUAAGAUCAGAGGAACAUCAGACAACCCAUUCUUAACCCCACAAAACAUCACCACUUUUCUUCCCAACAACCUUUUCUCAAACUUCGACAUCACCAGCCUCCUUGGGUCCACCCAUCAUCAUCAUCUUCUGCUGAGUGAGCUUAAUAAUAAUCUUGUUCCUUCUUCUUCAACCUCCGAUGAAGCUGAGGAGAAGCAGACAAGCAUGAUCGAUGAGAGGAAGCAGAGACGAAUGAUAUCCAACAGAGAGUCAGCUCGAAGGUCGAGGAUGAGGAAACAGAGACACAUAGACGAGCUUUGGUCGCAGGUUGUCAGGCUCAGGACAGAGAACCAUAACCUUGUUCAUAGACUCAACCACGUGUCUGAGUCCCAUGAUAGGGUUCUUCAGGAGAAUGCUAAGCUAAGAGAAGAAGCUUCUGAUCUUCGCCAAAUGGUCGCAGAUUUGCAGAUUGGCUCUCCUUUUGCCAACACCCUCGCGGAUUUUGAUGACUUCUCAGAUUUCUAGGAACGUUAACAUGAACAACCACAGAGACAAAAAUGCAUCAAAAUUUCGUAUUUUGUUUCUAUGUCGUGUCUAUGAUGAUGAUCUGUAUCAGUAUCACUCUGUUUCUGAACUGUUUUGGGCUGAAUGAGUUUUACAAAUAGGUUAUCCAAUAACAGCUCCAUGUACGUGUUCUGCUUUCCCUGAUCUUUUUUCUUUGUAAUUUCUGGGUCUCUCAGUGAAACCAUCAAAUUUUGGUUAUGUUUACAA